AUGCGCCUCCGCGCCGCCGCCGCUGCUCUCUGCCUCUGCCUGCUGGGCGCCUGCCGCCUCCGCCGCGGGCUGGAGGCCGCCGCCGUGCGCGGCCCGUCGGCGGCCGCUCCCCAGCGACCCUCGGCAGCCGCGCCUUCCUCCGCCUCCUCCGCCUCCUCCUCCUCCUCUGCCGCCGCCGCCUCCCCCUUCUCCUCCCCGCCGCGGAGGGACGGGGCUCUCCGCAACGGCACCGUAGUGCCGCACCACUACAUGGUGGCCCUCUACCAGCGCCUGGCCGCCCGCCGCGCUCCCGGCCGCCGCGCCGACACGGUGACGGGCUUCGCGGAGCGGGAGCGCAGCGAUGCCUCCCCGUCCGCCCCCGAACAGCGAUACCUCUUUGACAUCUCCAGCCUGAGCGAGACAGAGGAGGUGACGGGUGCGGAGCUGCGGGUCCUGCGUGCCCUCCCCGAAAACCGGAGCUUGGUCCUGUCCCCUGAAGGCACGUUCCACCACCUCCUUCUCUCCACCUGCCCAAGCCUGGGCGGCGAGGAGCCGCGGCUGCUGGACUCCAGGGCUGCAGACAGUUUGGACGCGGGCUCCUCCAGGUGGGAGGUGUUUGAUGUUUGGGAAGCCCUGCGGGAUCGGAGGGAGAGAUCUUCGUCGGGAAAGCUGCUCUGCUUCCAGCUGAAGAUCGUCUCGGAUCAGUCAGGGCGGCUCCUGCCGCCCCGGCAGCUGGGGUUCAGCAAGCCCCGGCCACAGCCCCACGAGCGAGCCCUGCUCGUGGCCUUUUCCCGCACCCAGAGGAAGGAGAAUCUUUUCAAGGAGAUCCGGGAUAAGAUCAAAGCCCUGGGCACCCCACCCUUCCUGGAGCCCCCCGAUCCGGGCCAGGAGGCAAACCCCAAGCGGAGGAAGAGACGGACAACCAUCGCUGCCCGCUCUGGGGGCAGAGGCCACGGGAAGAAGGCAAAGACCCGCUGCAGCAGGAAGCCCCUGCAUGUGAACUUCAAGGAGCUGGGCUGGGACGACUGGAUAAUUGCCCCCCUGGAUUACGAGGCAUAUCACUGCGAGGGGGUCUGUGACUUCCCCCUCCGCUCCCACCUAGAGCCCACCAACCAUGCCAUCAUCCAGACCCUGAUGAACUCCAUGGACCCAGAGUCUACACCUCCCAGCUGCUGUGUGCCCUCCAAGCUCAGCCCCAUCAGCAUCCUCUACAUAGACUCUGGGAACAAUGUGGUUUACAAACAGUACGAGGACAUGGUCGUGGAGACGUGUGGCUGCAGGUAG